AUGCCUAAUCUUAUGUAUUUUUAUUUUCUCCUCACCAUAGAAAAAGGUGCAUGGCCAUUUUCUGGUGAAUUACUUGAUGGUCAUGCAUGGCAAGAAAUGUUAGAAAGUUAUGUUCCACAUUUAUCGAAAUUUGAAUUUCAUAUGGCAAUUGCCAAAAAGUAUCCAAGAUUAAAUUUCGAUAUUGUUGUCAAUUCAUUUGAAUAUUUUGUUAAAAAAUAUUUUAAUUGGAAUAUAACUAUUGAUCGAUGGAAAUUUUAUUGUCGGCCUCGAGGUAAAUAA